AUGGCGAAACUCAAGGCACAUGAAGAACUCUCCACUAAUGUGAAUACUAUCAAAGCUCGCAACUGCGUCUCCAACCUUACUGAAGAUGAGAAGGCUGUUCACUUAGCACUCAAGGCUGACCAUGCUGAUCUGAGCUACUACUUAAAGAAGUUAUAUAAGUCUGCAAAGUACAAGACACGUCUACAGAAUGAAUUGAAGGUUGAGCGUAUUUGUGUUCGGACUGAGAAGGGUACCCUAUCUUGCAUUGCGAAUCAGAAAGUCAAGAAUAUUAGCGCCUCUUCUUCUCCACAAGCCCCACCAUCUACUCCGCCCAAACAACUUCUGUCUGAGCUUGCUGCAUUUGAGGCGCGAGAUAUUUUAAAUGACGAGGCUGUUCUACCAGAUGAGCUUUCCGAUGAAGAGAUCACUAGCACCCAGGCUCUCUUAACUCAAGCGCACAUUGAUGCCCAUGAAGAGUCCAAUUUCCGCAAGUGGCAACAUUUCUGGGAUAGCUGUAUCCACUCAUAUACGAGAAAGGCUGGAAAGCUGAGAAAGAAGCCUGAGCGUCUCUUUGAGUAUAUGCCGUGGAUUGAUGUAGAGGAAGGCUUCAAAGAGGCGUUCUUACUUGUCUACUCUAAGAAGUUUGAUAAGGAAAAGUGGGCUAAGGUAUCAGCUGCACAGGAUAUGUUGUUCCUGGAGCUAGAGUAG